AUAGGCUGGUGCAGAAACUCACGUGCAGGAAGUGACGACACACCAGGGCAGUACAUGUAGGACACACAUGCACACAAUAGCAAAACAGUACAUUAUCUGUACGCCAUCCGCUCUAGUCUGUGCAUGCACAACUCAACUGACAUUCAAGUGUCCCAAAAGUCGUUUCAAUUGCAUAGGUCGCCACGAUUUCAACGAUAAGGCAUUGUUACACGGUUAAAUUAGCUGCUAGUGCAAGUGCUGGUGAGGUAUUUUAGUACUAAAGUAGUGGUAUAUUGCUGCAGCCUGCAGUGUCGUGUAGCUUUCCUCGGGGUCCAUACAAUCAUGCUGGGAUACGACAAUAAGGAAGGUGAUGUUACAAGUUCUCAGUCACGGUCCAUCAAAUUAUUUUGAUUGUGCAACGGACCACUUUAACUCUCUGAAAAUGCCUGUCGAUUUUGCUUCAUAUUUGCUCGCUGCAAGCCCCCCUCAUCUUGAUUUCUUCGGAUAUGAUGAUGAGUUCCACAACAAAGGAUACAGUGUGAAAUGCCGCGUUGCUUGUCGCCCUCUGAAGCCCAUCAUCAUUAUGAAACCAAAAACAUUUGAUGAUUCUGAAUCGACGUCUCUUAUGAGUUCUCCAACAUCAGAAUGCAGUUCAGACGAGGAAGAUGAGACCUCGGAUUUCAUCUUCAGUUCUGGUCUAACGCAAUCGGAAAUAUCACAAAGAAAUAUGUCAAAAAAGAGAGUGACAUUUGCAGACGCGAGGGGCUUGUCCCUAACGAAGGUGAAAGUAAUGACUGAAUCAUCUGACAUGCCACCCAAAUUGCAGCCGCAACUUUUGGCUUCACUGACACAAGGGGCUUCAGCAGGUGUUUCUCAGGCACCCCCGCUAUCACUUGAGUUUCCACAACCAGCUUCAGAUUACAUGAACUUUCGACUAAAAUUGAACACACAAAAUGUCUCACUUGAAAAUGUAAUUCUAAAAGACUAUAACGUGAUGGGGACCAUUAAAGUUAAGAAUUUAUCGUUUAACAAAAAUGUUUUUGUACGGUGCAGUUUUGAUUCUUGGAAAAGUAGCAUGGACAUUGUAGCAACAUAUGUGCCCUGUGGUGCAGAUGAUAGUUCUGCACAAGUUAUGUAUGACACUUUCUCAUUCGAAAUCACAGUACCAUCAACAUUAAAGCUUAACCAGGCAGUGGAGUUCUGUAUUUGUUACGAAUGUGAUGAGGGACAAUUCUGGGAUAGUGCGGAGGGCAGGAAUUACAAGGUUGUCUCGACCUAUUCAGUUAUGUCGGUGGAUACACAGUUGACGCUACCAAGUGACAAGCCAUACACUUCUGACUUCAAGCCAAAUUUUGACUAUGUGGAUUCUUGGUCUGAAUAUUCAAGUUGGAGUCAUGUCAAUCGAGAAACGCCGUACUAUUAAACCAAGUCAAGAGGAAAUAACGUAGGAGGGUUAAGUACUACCACUACGAGUACCAGGCCAAGGUGGCAUCAUUCAAACAGAAUUUUUGAAAAAUGACAACCAAAUUUUACCUUGCAGGGCAUUCACUCACAUCAGAAUCGAUUUCAGUGGCAUGACAACCAACAUUCUCUGAAUGAUUUUUCCAAACAUGGCGUCAAUUGAUUUAGUUGAUUUUACUGCCAACAAGUAUGUUUGUUUAGCACAAAUUCAACAUGUAGCAGCCACGAUUUUAGUUGAUAUCGAUUACCUUUGGGGAAUUUAUUAAUAAUUUGCUGAGAAUGACCUUGCUGCCUAUAUCCAAAGAACAUCCAGGUCCAACGUUAUUUCCUCUUGACAAAGUAUACUUUGACAUUGGCCAGUCUGAAGUUUGUCUGUCGUCGUUUUCUUGUUGUUUUGUCAUGCAGGUGGAAGACCCUGCAACCAACCCAGUCCAGCACAAUGCGACAAUCAAGGGUCAUUCAUGUCAUAUUUAAUUCCCCUGUCGUCAGUCCGCUUCUUUGGUUAGAAUAUUUAAAAGAUUUGUAAGUCGUAUUUAACAAUGCAAUCAGUCUUUCAAGACGUUCUGGUACUUUGUUUUGAAAUCAUUGUGAGUGAUAAAGUAGUCAUCCACGAAAACAUAGAACUAUCUAGGUAUUACAAUCGCUAUGCUGAAGCCAAAAAAGUGUCCAAGUCGCUUUGAUUGCCUGCUUGUACUAGUAAAGUGUAAGGAGAAAAGUAACUGUUGACUUCGUUUCUAUUUCAUUAGAGUGUGCGAGUUUCAUUUGUGGAUUUUAAUCUGCCUUUUAACUCUCAGUGCCAAGAUCAUGUAUGUAUGACCUCAAUUUUUGUAGCUGUAUUUUAGUCCCCCAGACGACACCAGAUGUCCCCAGCUACUUUAAUGUGUUUUAUAUGGUUUCUCUGGCCUGCGGCGACCAAAUUGAAUAAUUUUUUUCAACUGAGAGGGUGGGGUGGGGUCUGCCAGUGCCACUCCUUAUUUAACGUGAAAAAUGGUGAAAAUCAGUCAAAAAUACCAUACCACUUGGUAGAAAAUAAUCCCAAUAUAUGCCCCUAUUUGCACAGCUUUAUUGAAACUGGGGGUAAAGACGAUGGUUUUGAAGAAUUUUGAUGAGUGUAUAUCUCAAUUCUUUUUGUGAGAUAUUUGGUGGUGAAAAUGCCCAAAUCCUGGGUUAGGCACUGAAAGAGUUAAGAAAGGAGCUCUAUUCAUUCUUAUGUACACAACUGUCAUAAGUUGGGAUGAUUACAGAAUAUAACUGAUCAAAUGGCUUUUCUUGGGAUUUGUUGCAGCUGUCUAGCACUACAUAACAUUGUAUACUACAUUGUACUUUUACGGAGGAAAAGGGCAAAGAAUGCAGACGAUGCAGUAUACAUUACAUGUACAAGCUUGCUUUUUAUACGCCCGUCGCAAGACAGACAUAUUAUUGCAUGGGCCUGUCAUGAGUUGUGCGUCGUGCAUCCGGGGCUAUAAAUUGAGAACCCUUAUAGAUUUAACUCUCAUUUUUGGUUCACCAUAGGGGAGUCUAUACAAUACCACAGUGUCGUCCGUCAUCAUCAUCUGUAUCCGGUUUAAAAAAAAGUGGCAUGUUUCUAUGAACAUGAAACUUUGUAUGUCCACAGGACCCCCAAGGUCAGGUGACCUCUUACUCUGAAUUUUGGUCCGAUCUGAUUCUUGACUUGGGCAGGGGGCCAAAGGUGGAAAUCUGUUUGAUCUCUCAACUAAAGUUGUGAAACUUGCUUGACAGCAAAUUUGAUAGCCCCAACACUGGAUAAUGGUGUAGGGCCAUUUCAUGGUAUAAUUGUUUCGUGUCGGACAGGACAUUUGCAGGCCUUUUCCCCUCAAUAAAAUUAAUUCAGGGUAAUUAUUUAAAACUUUGAACUUGUUUUAGGCAAGUGCUAUAGAACAACUUGACAUGGUAAAAAAAUUCAAUCUCUGAAAUUAUUUUUUCCAAUUCAAAAUGAGGCCAGAAGCCUCGUGUCGGACAGGACAGAAAAAGGAAGUGGGAUUUUCGGUAUGUUAGGGAAGUCAAAAGUUCUGCUCUAUUACAUGAUUUAUUUCAAAUCAAGCUAGCUAGUUAUGUACCCUAGUACCUUAGGUAGCUUUUAUAAAAAGUUUGGUUUCAAAAUCUCCAGGGAUAGCCGAGUGGGGGUAAUUUGUUCUCAAGUGGGUAGCGUGUCGGACAGGACGUGUCGACAGGACACUUUUUCCCUUUUGGCAAAAAUGACUGAAAAAACACUUUUUGGCUCACCGUAGGGGAGUCUAUACGAUACCGCAGUGUCCGUCGUCGUCGUCGUCGUCGUCGUCGUCGUCGUUGUCCGUCGUAUCCUAGUUCAAAAACAGUGGCACGUUUUUUAACCGCAAGGCCUAUAAACUUAAAACUUUGUACACAUGACCCCCUAGGUCAGAUGACCAGUGACACUAAAUUUCUGUCCGAUCUGAUUCUCUACUUGGCCACCAGGGGGCCAAAUGUGGA